AUGCUAACCAAGCACAAAAUGUACGAAUGCUUCGGAUGGAUAUCAAUUUUGCAAUUCUAUGAUGUUUUGAUUGAGAGAAUCCGGAUUUGGGUAUGGUUUACAGGCUACAAUGGUGAUUGUAUCAUGAGCACAGCAUGGAAAGACGAACAGCAUCCAUCCUUCAUCAACUUCAUCUCCUCGUUUCUUGAUGCAAACUCUUACAGAUUAAAUUUUGUGCCGAUUGCUCCUGUUUUUACUCUACAUCUCUACCUUGCUCAUAUGCAGCUUUAUUGGAUUUCGAAGAUGAGUAGACAGUUUGCCAACUUCUAUGUGGUUGUUACUCUCCCGACCAAGUUUCAGAAUGACUCCUUCAUACGUUCUUAUUUCAAAUACGGCAUGGAGUUUGGUAAGCCGACUUUCAUUCCUGUGAAAGACUUGGAGAUGGGGUUUGAAAAGAUUGUAAAGGUAGCUCAUGCACGUGGAGUUUGCAAGAGGCAGGAUGCAAUAGCUAAACUGAAGGCUGAGAGAGAAAAGUCAGUGCAGUCCAUGGACCUGUACAUCAAAGUGGUUACAUCCAUUCCUGGAAUUGAUAGCCAUGAUGCUAAUGCGCUCAACCAAGCCGUUGGUUCCAUAGAAGCAAUAGCCAAAGCAUCAAAAGAAUACAUUUUGGAGAAUACUGAUCUUUCAACCGAGAAAGCUGAGACUGUUGCCAAAUUUUUCAGAGACCCGAAGUAUUACCUUGGUCCCAAAAUCGGAUGAACUUGGAGUUUUCCAAGCUAGUAUACUGUUAACCGCCUAGAAAUGGUCUUUGUCAAUCUCACAAUUUAAGGUUUUGUUGCACAUUUCGAUCUCUUUUUUUUUUCAUCUAUGCUGGUGUCCUGAGAAAGCAAGGUAUAGUAUUUUCUGUUUUGUAAUUUCUGAGAGUUCAACUUUAGGCACUGGCCACAUUCUGAAUUGUCUCUCCCUACUUUGAUUCUGUAUGAAAUUAAAGGUCUGUUGGAGCUUUUAUGAAACUGAGC